AUGCUCUGUUCCACUCACCACAGACACCCUCCUAAAGCAUAUCAAGCCUUCUGGAUAGUGAAAAUCGACACGUUCCGCGCAGCCUGCGAGGCUGAAAAGGAAAUUCUGGAGAGCAAGAACGCCCAGACUGACGUGACAAAACUUCCAGAGAGAGAGAAGACAAAAGAUCUUUACAAAGACGUCGGCAACUCGGCGGUCAAGACACCACCAUCGCCCCCCAACAAUAUCAAAGAUGACAGCAAAAUUGCCGCCAGAUAUUGGAGUGACAAGGGAUAUGACACGAGCUCAUUUAUUAUACUUGGGAAGAAUGACAGCGAAGAGGACAAUGUUGCACCGCACGACAAGAUAAGCAGGGUCGCACAAGAACUGCUGAGAUCGGAAAAUAAGAAAACAGCCAACAAUGAAGUCAGCCCAGGGCUUGUGUACGUAUUUGCGGUACCCGGGAAUGAGGGCUUCGUAAAGGUGGGCUUCACGACGAAGGAAGUCAAAGAGCGCCACGAGAAGUGGAGCAAGGACUGCAAUCGGGAUUCGACAUUGCUCUAUCCGUUGGAGAAAGUGCCACCGAAGGUGAAGCAUGCACAUCGGGUGGAGAGGCUGGUACAUGCGGAGCUCAUGGAGCACAAUGUGCGGAUUUACUGCGAGAGAUGCGGGAUGCAACACAUUGAGUGGUUCGAGGCGGAGGCGGACGUUGCCAUUGCGUCGGUGAAGAAGUGGUCGCUGUGGAUGGAGGCAAACCCGUAUGAAGAGAGGCUGACUCGUGAGGGUUCGCGGUGGCAUUUAAAGGAGACGGAGAGGGAACGGCUAUAUGAUAUUGGCACGUUUCUACAAGACCUGCAAGAAGGAGUUCAAAAACUCGAAGCUGCAGAGUAG